UUAAUGUCCAUAUUAAUAUGACAGUUCUGAGUAAAGAUAUUUUAUUAACAUUCAUAUCACAAAUUAAUAAUUCUUUCAGAAUGGACACAAUUUCUGACUACCAGUCGUUCAUUGAAGAUGGUGAACCUGAAUUGAAUUUAACGCAAGACCCUCGAGUUCAAUGGCUGAAGGAAAAAAUUCUCGCAUAUGUUGGCAUUUAUGAUGAAGAAUUAUUUUAUAACAUGUUUGGAACCACUGAAGCCAAACAAAAGAUAACAACUUUUCUUUCAGUGCCAUUAAAAGAAAAUGAGUUAUCACUAGAUAAAAAAACUUUUUAUGUAACUAAGAUCAUUGUUGAUAAACUGAUUCAUGAAGAUAAGGAGUUUACAGAAUGGAGAAUCAUUCCACCACCACCCCCUCCACCACCAAAAGAAAAGAAAAAAAAGAAAAAGAAAGCUGCUGGUGCUGAACCUGAACCAGAAGAAGACCUUUCAAAAAAGUCUGCUAAAAGUAUGAAAAGUAUGAAGAGCAUGAAGAGUAUGAAAAGCAUGAAAAGUAUGAAAGAUAUGGACAUGGAAGAAGAAGACAUCGAAACGGCAGCAGCAGAUAUACAAGAUGACGAGGUGGAACCUAAGAGUACGUACCAACUGGAGCAUGUAGAGGAAGAAGAAAAGCCUUCUCUUCCUGACGAAAAAUAUUCUUUCCCACCUCCACCUGAAGAUUUAGAUCCAGAUAUUGAUGGGACUUUGGAAUAUUACACUGUCAUUAGGGCUAUACCUCGGAUUAUUCAAUACCCAAAACUAAUACCGGUAUUUGGUGCGUUCACGCCCCAAGUGACACAUCGUAAUCGUCGAUACAUCUACUUCAUGAGGCAAACUCCACACGCCAUACCAUUGGCUGAUAAUGACGACAUCACCAAGUUGAUGAUGCCCAAGUAUAUACUCGCUGGUUCGACUACUGGAAAAGUUCUCAUGAGCUUGGGAUUACGCCUGAAAGAGGUUUGUUAA